AUGAGGAUCCUGGUCGUGUCCGUUUGCCUUUUGGCACUAGGUAAGUGUGUUUUAUUUUUAAGACUUUUUCGUCCUGAGAUUGUAUAAUCCAUGAGUAAACCUAAUUAAAUUUAUUUUCAUGAACAAAUUUAGGUAGUGCGCAGGAUCCAAAUGCUGCCCAAGCCAAUCCGAAUGGUCAGGGUAGGUUUAAUUCUGAGAGUCAUCUUAUGGAUAUGAGACUUGUUUAAUCGCGGAAGCAUUUUAAAUAAUUUGUGUCAAAUUUCAGCACCAGCCCCGAAUGCAAAUCAACAGAACCUCGGAAAUACUCCUCAAUUGGCCCAUAGAGCCGAAUGUAGAAGCGAUUUAGAGAAGUACUGUAAGAAAGCUGUUGCUCAACUCCCUCCUGGUGAAAUUCUUAGUGAUAUGGCAGCACUCGAAUGUCUUCAGGAAGCUGGAUACAGCGAGACCGAAAAACUGACUCCCGAAUGUUCACAAGCUGUUUGGGAAUUCAAGGUUCGCUUUAUGAAUGGAUGCGUUUAUUUCAAAUUUAGAUUGUUCUCACUCAAGACAAGAGAUUUAUCACGGCCAUAAAGCAUUUCUGUGACGCCGAGAUGAAGGCCAAUCCAGGAAUCGCUGCUUGUGCGAACGAUGAGAGGCCGGGAUACGCUUUGUCUUGUGUUAUGGAUUUCGGACAUACCAUGGACCAGAACACCCGUUGUUUCCAGUUUUUGCGUAGGUUAAAUCCAUCACGGUCCAUUUUUUCAAGUUCUGUCCUUAUGUUGAAAAUUUUAUAGUGAGAACUGAGCGUUUGGCGUUUUCUGAUUUCCGUUUGGUGGCCCCAUUUGUUGAUAAAUGUGGCAAAACUGUGGCGGACCUUGGUUGUGGUACCUUGACAAAACCAUCUGCCCAUCAAGGGGCGCGGUAUCCUCAUUCUCAAGGAUCUGUUCUUGAAUGUUUAAUCGACAAGAUGGUGAAUAUCCCUAAGGACGCAGCUAAGGCUCAGAUUAUCCAGAACUUGCCCACUGAAUGCCGAAAGGAGGUUAUGAGAAUAGCUGAGCUCCAAUCCGAAGAUUGGCAUAUGGAUCGUCCUCUAUACUUUGCAUGUCGAGAGGACCGAGAACGAUUCUGUUCGGAAGUUCAAGCCGGCGAAGGACGUGUGUUCCAAUGUCUUAUGGAUCAUAAAGAUGACAAAACUAUGGAGCCAGGAGUAUGUUGUUGUAAUUUAUGCCCAUGUUUUUACUUUAGUGUGCCAAAAUUAUUGCCGAGCGCGCUGGACUGAUGGGCCAGGACUACAGACUGGCCCAUCCUCUUCUCAAAGGAUGUAAAAAUGAAAUGAAGGCUUAUCAAUGUACUCCUCAAGUUGGGUUUGAACGAUCUCAAAACUUCCAUCUGAGUUGGGUUCUUCUUUGUCUCGAGAAUGGUCAACAUCAAUAUAAUAAGCAACAGCAUGAGAAGCAACAGGCUGAGAAAGAGAACAAACAGCCCCAAGCUACUCCUGAUCUAAUGCCUUUCACACAGGAAUGUAAUCACGAAAUGCAACAACACCGUUCGAUGAUGGUAUCCGAAUUCAGAAUGAGUCCAGAAUUGGUGAUGACUUGCGCUCAAGUAAGUUGCAUUAUUAUAUCUAUUUGGUGUUUAGGAAAUCGACAAAUAUUGUAGUCCUAAGGGAGAUCUGGAAUCUGGAGGUAAAACUAUUCAUUGUCUGAUGUCCCAUGCUGAAGCUAGGGAUGAAAAGAAAGUUCUUGGUCCCCAAUGUGUGAACGCACUUCAACAGUUAAUGAAAGUAGCGGAUGUCGGAUCGAAUUAUCGUGUGGACAAGGUCCUUUGGCAAUCUUGUCGCCCUCUGAUCGAAGGCAAAUGUAAGAUGGACGCUGUUUCCGAGGCCCAGACCUUAAGUUGUCUUAUGGCAAAUUUGGAUGGACCGGAUAUGACUGAUGAUUGUGAGGACAGACUUCUGGAAGUGCAAUACUUUAUGGCCAGAGAUUGGAGUUUGGAUCCCCAGCUUUAUGACUCUUGCCACAAAGAUGCCAUACAAAGGUGCGGUAUUUUCUAGGGUUUUGUCUAGUUAUGCUUAACUUAUUAACGGAUUUUUUUAGAUGUUCCGCCGUUGACAACUGGCAUCAGCCAAAAACGGACGAGGCUCGUGUCGACCCGGGGCCGCAAGUUCUUGCCUGUUUAUACCGGAACUCUUAUGACGAACAGCAACCUCUUUCCAAAGAAUGUCAAGUCCAGGUCCACCGAGUGCUCAGGGAAAGAGCUCAACGGGUUAAUUUGAUCCCUGACAUCGAGGAGAGCUGUCGGGAUGCUCUUUCCGAAUAUUGUUCCCAAAAUGUGAAACCUCAGGAGGUAUGAACACGGAACUUUUUGAUAUUGUUUGUAUUUUAACUGCGAACCUUACUGUUUUAGGAAAUGAAUUGUCUCCAAAAACAAUUCGAGAUCCCCCAGUUCAAGGAGAAACAUCCAAAAUGUCAUGGAGAGAUCUACAAGUUCACGCAAAUGGAAUCUAAGGACACAAAACUGAACAGACUUUUGACUGCUGCUUGUCGUCCCGUAAUUGAUGUCUAUUGUAAGCAGCUGAUGAAUGAAGACAUCGAUCAUGGAGAUGUGAUGAUGUGCUUGUCACAGCACAAGGGUGCCCGCGAGAUGAAUAACAAGUGUAGAUCUUAUGUUCAGCAUUUUGAGUUGAUCUCUUUGAGGGAUUACCAUUUCAACUACAAGUUCACGCAAGCUUGCAAACCUGACAUUGAUCAAUAUUGUGCCGCAUUUGGAAACGAUGAGUAAGAGAUUUGUUUUUUAUUUUUAUUCUUUUAGGGGAGCGAUCAUACGUUGUCUCUCUAAUAUCAUGUUCGAACACAAGGUGUUGGGAGAAAGCAAAGAUCUGCACAAGGAAUGCAAGAAACAACUUCGAACGGCCUUCCUUCAACAAGAACAGGUGGAUGUGAGUUUAGCUUAUAGCCAUAGGUAACGUAGGAUUAGAGCCGGAGUAUAUUUCAUUCUUUUUUGGGCGGUUUAAGAAUAGGGGACUUGGUGAAAGAUUAAGAUGCUUGGUGGCGUUUUGUGGGUGAUGUAUUGGCAUGUCGAGUUUCUGCUUACUUUCCUUUUAACCAUCUUUGUUUUGACCGUUGUUAAUACGAGCUGUUUCAGUUUGACGAUAAAGAACAUAUGGGUGAUGUCGAUCCAGUCAUGAUGCAAGCUUGUGAUGCCGAUCUCUCCAGAUACCAGUGUAAAAACAAAAAGAACUUUGAAGAGGUGGUCCAGUGUCUCAGGGAACAUUUCGAUGACUUGGCUGUUCAGUGUAAGCGCUUUGUAUUCCAAAGACAAGAAGUGGAAGCAGCGGAUAACAGUUUUGACACGGAAUUACAAGUAAGUCUUCGUUAAACUAUUUUUUGUUGUCCUCAAAUGAGAAUCUUUUUGUGGAUAACGCAAUGUUUAGCAGCAAACUUGGUGUGAAAAUUUCGGAUAUUACUCUUAAACGUCUAGUAGUGUGUUUUACUCUUGCUUCUUCAUUAUCGUUUUGCUUGUAAUACGACUUCUGUUGAUCAUGUAUUUUUUAAGAGGACAUGCAGUUUUGACAUCAACAAGUAUUGCCGAUCCCAGAGUGACGAUAAGGUUCUGGAUUGUUUGAGUAACACCAAAAUCAUCAGACUGCUCCAAAAAGGAUGCCAGAAGUUGGUAAAAGAGAGGAUGUUGGAGAGAUUUGAAGACGAUCGGCUCAAUCCUGGUCUCUUGGCUGCUUGCAAAGACGAAGCAGAAACGCAGUAGGUUAUCAUAACUGCGCUUCCGAAGAUUUAUAAAAUGAAUAUUCAAUUUUUUUUAGCUGCCCGGAAGAAUAUCGCCGUUUGAACAGCCCUCAGAGGUCUCAGGAUGCUCUUGGCCCAGCCAUUGCCAAUUGUUUGAGAGCUAAAUACUCCCAAUUCAACAGUAAAGUACAUCUAGGACCCCAAUGCAAAGACGAGGUAGAAGAAAAUAUGUUUCUUUCAUCUCUUUUAGGUAUCAAAAAUAAUUUUGGAAAGUGAAUUUGACGUUACUUUGGAUCCCCAACUGUAUCAGGCUUGCAAGGGAAUCAUCAACAGACAUUGUUCUAACACCAUCAUCACAAAAGGAGGAAACUUUGACUCUGUCUUGGAAUGUCUGAAGGCUGAUCUUUACACAAAUCAGAUCUCGGAUAGAAAUUGUGCGGCUCAAUUGAUCAGGAGGACCCAGGAAUCGUUGGUCGAUAUCCAUAUGGAUCCAUCUCUGCAUGAAGCUUGCUCUGUGGAUAUUCAGAGGAUCUGUCGUGAAGUACCGCCAGGACAAGGAAGAAGUAAGUUGUUAUGUUUUAAAUUCGUAUAGUUGCCAUACUUCUGGAUUAAACAUUUGCCUGAAAUCUUUUAGUCAUCACCUGUCUUAUCGAUGCUUUGGAUGUCCCCCAAACUCCGAUGUCGUCGGGAUGCCGAACCAAGUUGGUGGAGAGGAAGAAGUUGUGGAAUAUGGCUCAUGAUGAUUACAAGAUGGAGCUCCCCGAAACCUGGGCAGAGGCCUAUUCCGUGAUUGCCAACCAUCCUCAACGGACCUCCAUCCUGACUGUCACGGGAGUUGUAUUACUUGUACUUUUGUUGAUCGGAUGCUGCUGUGGACGCCUCACAAAACGCCAAUAUUCGGAAUUGAAAAACCGUUAGGGAAAACACAUAUUUAAUAAUAUAUUCUAAUUUUCCGUUAUCCUUCCUAGCAUUUCUAAGCGCGCCUUACCUUAGCUAAUUCUUAUAUCUGGUUGCAUCUAAUAUUCCAUUUCACACUUAUUUUUGGAUCGGGUAUUUAACCUCUCAUCUGGCAUAAUUCUCUGUGAUCGGUUCGAAAAUUAUUUUGUUAAAUAAAAGUCUAAUGUAUUGUACUUGUUUUUUUUCCAAGAAAUGUGACUCUCGCGCCCUAAGAUUACAAAAUCUUUUGUUUUGGUUUUUUGUAGACAAACCCGGGGUACAAUAUAAUUAGUUACUGAUACUUACUUUGCAGUGUAAAGAUUAGUCUGACUCAGACUUCCGAUUACAUUCCUACAGUAAUUUGAUCACAAUCGAUGCCCUGAACGCGUGGACUUCAGAAGCCAUGGCCUUUAUGAUUGGUGUGUUGUGGAAAGGAAUUCGGUAUUGAAUAAACAUUAACAACGUUCCUUGUUGUUUGCUCGGAAAUUACUGCUCCGGAAAGCGCGAAAUUAACCGUUAAGAGGGGGAAGGGUACCUCUUUCCUCUCGAUUGAAUUGCGCAAUCUCAGGCUCCAUUCCCCGAGUCGCCCCUUACUCUCAAAACAGUCUAACCACCAACAUGAUGUCUACACAUUUGAUGAAUGGGGCUCAGGAUGUCCCCGACUUCUAUUCGGCCCCAGGCAAAACAGAUAUGUUCAAGGAUUCCUCCCAUCGAGAAGUGAUUACGUACACGGAAGAUGGCCGCGCUCUCAUUGCCGGGAAGCCAUUGGACAAGCGAGACCCCGAGGACAUGUGGAGUCAAUUGAUUCUGCAGAUGAUGUGCCAACGUUUGGCCAUCAACAGCAAUAGUGAGUGAGAGUUUAAAAAGUAGUUUCGAUUGUUCAUCGAAUGCUCUCGCGGGGAAGAUUAAAUUAUUUGUUCAAAAUACUGUAGUUUGUUACAUUCAGGUAAGAGAUCGCCAAUACAGUAAUUCAACCACUGAAUUCAUAACGGAGUUAUUAGUUUUUUGUUUAAUUCACCUCAUUGAACGGCAAGCUCUGUUCUGCUUUAAUGUUGUCUCAACACAUUACUCUACUCAUUUUACAUAGUUUUUACGUUUAGAUUUUUUAUUUUUAAGGCAACAUUACGGGAGAAGAAUUAAAUACUUUAAAUUUUCAGGCCGAGAAAGCAAAAUCAAACGGUUCUUCGGCCGAAAUAGCAAGGUGGAGAAGAAAGAAUCGACCGGUCGGAUCUAUGUGACCAAUAUCUCAAUCAGCAAUUAG